ACAAUCUCAAACAAAAUGCUGCGUCAACCUUCGGUUAUGCAAUAUUCCUGGCCCGGUGGCUAUUGCCCACCUAUUCCGGCAUGGAGGUCAACGGCGCUUCUCAUCAUACAUAGCCAAUACGGAUAUCGCGAUCCUUCGUGGGGCGACGGUGCUUCCAACCCCGACUACGAGAAGAACGUGACCAGUCUCAUUGCCAAGUUCCGCAGUUAUUCUGAGACUACGCCGGAGGAUAAGCUGCCUCUCAUUAUUCACGUCCAACUCAAACCCAUUUGGGUCAACUCUCCAUUAUAUUCAGAAAAAGUCGGUCCUUAUGGCACAAAUGGUGAAGAGAAGAAGGGCAUAGACUUCCUAGAAUGUUCGGUCCCGCUGAUACAGAGGCCAGAAGGGCCUACUGAGCCUUCUAGUUUGUCUGAGUCUACUAUGUCUUCUAAGCUUGUUGCUUCGUCUGAGCCUGUUGCUUCACCCGAGCUAGACAACCCUUCUCGUUUACCCUUAAAUGAGGUAGUCAUAACUUCCCGGGGCCCAAACGUUUUCAACAAUACGCCUCUGGAAUCUUUGUUAAAGAAGAGAAAUAUUAGAACGCUCCUCAUCGCUGGGAUCCCCACAGACCACGCUGUUAGCACCACCGUGCGCUCAGCUUAUGAUUUAGCUAUGGAUGGGAAGUGGGGAGGGCCGGGAUAUGUUGAAGAUACCUUUAAAUGGUUGUCAACUGACGGGGCCGGGGUAUACGGGUCAAAGAAGCACGUCUACGGUAAUCAAGAUGUUAGCCAAGAAGAUCUAGUUGACUACGCUAUUGAUAUGGCCCGAAUCGUCGUCAUCGGCGAUGCCACAAGGGCAUUUGGCAAAGGGGGAGUCGAUGCUGAGAUAGUUCAUCGAGUCCAUAUAGAAAGCUUGAAUCCAUUUGCUGAGGUGACAAGCACUGCUAAUGUACUCCGCCAGUUGUAUCAAGACGAAAGAUGGAAAACUUGGACUUUCUCUUAGAAUAUGGAGGUUCUAAUAGAAAGGAAACGAAAUAAAUAUCUGGUUCAUAGCUUAUGUAAAUUUAUGCAAGGCAGACAGCGUUGUAAAUAAUAUCAUUCUGGAAUUUGGCUUGGUCUCAGUAUAAGAACC